AUGGUGUAUUCAGCAGGCAGCGGAGACCUCACCCUUUCUCCAGAGUCGAAGGCGAGCUUGUUGCCUCGUAAUAGACACACUCUUUCGCAGUCAGACAGAGUACAAAGUUUUACAAGUAUAUCGUUUCAUUUAUCGCCGGAUCCUCGUGAAUGGGGCUUGAAUUUAUAUAAUGAUUGCAAGGAACCCGACGAUGACCUUCACAAUCCCAAUGUCAGGGAUCACAACACUUGGGGUCCUGAUCGCGGUCUAGCAAAUAUCGGUUGCCUGCUGGUUCUGGGCAUCGGAUUAAUCACGCUUUUCGCUGGAUAUCCAAUAAUAACUUAUUUCACGGGGACUGCGCUAUCGAAUCAAGGCGGCUUCAACCUAGGAGGAAUAAAUGCAAGUGGACAAAUACCACAAAUUCCUGGAAAUUUGGGCCUAAUCGAUACCGAAACACCCAGUAACGUGUUUACCAAGCCCUCCUGGAAUGGUGGGCCGGACUUACAGCUCGUCUUCUCUGACGAGUUCAAUACUCCAGGAAGAACAUUCUGGCCAGGCGAUGAUCCAUACUGGGAGGCGGCUAAUUUACAUUACUGGCAAACGAACAACCUGGAGUGGUAUGAUCCCGAGGCGGUCACCACACAAGAUGGCUACCUUGUAAUAACAUUGUCUCAAAAGGAAACGCAUAACCUAAACUAUCAGGGCGGUGAGAACAAAUUCUGUUUCACCGGUGGAUACAUCGAAGCGUCCGUCUCAUUACCUGGUGUGAACAACAUAGUUGGAUUAUGGCCCGCUAUCUGGACACUAGGAAAUCUUGGUCGAGCCGGCUAUGGUGCAAGCUUGGAAGGAAUGUGGCCAUAUACCUACGACGCCUGUGACGUCGGUACCGCACCAAAUCAAACCUUUAACGGCCUUCCACUCGCGGCUACUCAAGGCGGAGACCCAACCGAAGGCGGGGUCUUGUCUUUCCUCCCUGGCCAGCGGCUCUCGCGAUGCACUUGCAAAGGCGAGUCUCACCCAGGUCCUAUGCACUCAGAUGGGACAUUUGUCGGGCGCGCUGCUCCUGAGAUCGACAUGUUCGAGGCACAGAUCACGGGUGACCCUCUUACAGGUCAAGUUUCCCAGUCAGCACAAUGGGCUCCUUUCAAUGCUGGUUACAUCUGGCUAAACACAAGCAGUAAUGAAAUAAUACCAAACCCGUCGGCCACAGUUCUGAAUACCUACAUUGGUGGAGUGGAGCAGCAGGCUACCUCCGGCGUGACAACCACGAAUCAAGGUUGCUAUGAGGGUGAGACAGGGUGCUUUUCGGUAUAUGGUUUCGAGUACAUAACAUGGAUAGCCAACAAUGAAGUUGCAUGGACCCUGAACGUUGCUGGCAUGGGACCGGAUCCUACUGUCAACAUCUCCGCUCGGCCCAUACCGCAGGAACCAAUGUACAUCAUCAUGAAUUUGGGAAUGUCUACUAAUUUCGGUACUGUCGACUUGGCUCACCUGCCCUUCCCUGUGCACAUGCGUGUGGACUACAUCCGUGUAUAUCAGCCAUCAAACGCACGAAAUAUUGGGUGUGACCCGAAAGAUUUCCCAACAGCAGAUUAUAUUAACACGUACAUUGAGGCAUAUACCAAUCCAAACCUUACCACUUGGACGAAUGACUAUAAACAACCUUUCCCCAAGAACUCAUUCUUAGACCAGUGCUAG